CUUCUUGAUCUUGAUCUGUCAGUGAUUCUUUAUUUUUGAUUUUGGCAGUUCGCAGGAGAAAUUUGGCUGGAGGAACGAAGGCAGCGUACACGCCUCAGAAGAUGGAUAAGAAGCAGCAACUUUUCAUUUACACAGCUGCAGCGCAUAUGUUACUUUCAAUGAUGGCCAUGAUUAUUCAAUCUAGAAAAAGAAAACGCUGUGAACCUGUAGAACCAAUUACCUAUGCUCCAAUCGAGGAGAGGGAUAGAAUGAGAAUUGAGUAUCUGAAUAAUAAGAUAUGGAAGAAUGAUGUAACUUGUGUCAAUAUGCUUAGACUUAAUAGAGCAUCUUUUUUCCGAUUUUGUAAGCUUUUUAGGGACCGGGGCCUUUUGCAAGACACCAUACAUUUGUGUGUUGAGCAGCAGGUUGCAAUGUUUUUAAACACAGUAGGUCACAAUGUUAGAAAUAGGUUAGUUGGCACCAAUUUUGAUAGGUCCGGUGAAACUGUUAGUUGGUAUUUCAACAAAGUAAUUCACGCUAUUGGAGAGCUACGAAAGGACUUCAUUACACCACCAUCGACAUCAACUCCAGCUAAAAUUGCAGGAAUCCCAAGAUGGGAUCCUUACUUUAAGGAUUGUAUUGGAGCAAUAGAUGGCACACACGUGCGAGCCUCUGUUCCUAAACACAAGGAGGCUUCCUUUCGUGGUUGGGAGGGGACAGCCCAUGACGCUCUAGUCUUACGGGAUGCUUUAGAGAGGGAAAAUGGUCUUCGUGUUCCUGAAGGCAAGUUCUACCUAGUUGAUGCCGGAUAUGGAGCCAAACCUGGAUUUCUGCCCCCUUUUCGUGGUGUUCGGUACCACUUGAAUGAGUUAAAUAAAUGGGGUGGGGUGGGAGCAUGUGAGACUGUGACAUGGAAUCUAACAUCCUAAUAAAAGGUAACUAAGAAAAUGACAUGGAAAGAGUGCUCAGUAGUGAAAAGAAAUGCAGCCACUACACAUUUAGCUGCAAUUAACAAUAAGUCUAAGAAGUACCAAAAAAGGAGGCCGUAAAGUUUCCCGAGACGAACUUGGAAUUCGUAUCAAAUGGACCAGAAUCACUA